AAAAUUUGCAGACAUACCAAAUGAUCAUCGACACAAACCGCGACGAUCAUUCUUUUGAAUAGGGGAGAUGCCACUUUAGGCGAUCUACAUGCACCAUUAUAACAAAAUUGGACGAAUUGUUGAUGAUGUCUAAUCUCUAGAUCGAUCAAAAAAUUAUGGCUUAUAAGUUUUAUCAUCGGUUUUUAAAAGCUGAUUUUCAGCGCUAUAGAGAAUUCUUCCCGAAGAUUGAAUCGGAAUCUUCCAGAGAUGGUGUUGCUAUGAUCAGAGGAACUUCGAACCCUCAAUCGGACGUACCUCUUAUCCAAGGCUGCAAAUCGACGGACCACUCAACACGUGAUACAAUCAAACAAUGUCACGAAUUGAACAUCCAUCAACAUCAUCCCCAUACUUCUACCGAGGACGAUGAAACCACGUCACCGAUACCCUCACCGGCAUCAUCUAUUCUUUCAACAACGUCUUCGAUUACCACACCGUCCUCCCCAUCAUAUUCAUCAGAGAUCUCGAGAUCGAGAAGGAGGAAGGCUAGCCGACCUAGGAGAAGUCCGAAGAAAAACGAUCCAAAGUUCAAAGGAGUAGCAUUCUCCAUGGUAACGGUCAAUUCAUACGGAAGUCAAGAACCAAUCCUCAAAAUCAAGUCGAAACUUAGCAUUCGUCGCUAUCAUCGUAUGCUCGCAAAGCGUUCAAUGGGAAGAUGGCGACAUAGUUUUCAUCGGAGAUUCUGUUUCCAUGGCAACUCACACAAUGUAGGCCACGCCCAGUCCAGCUCGAGCUCUUCCGAGACCGAUAGUGACGUCGAAUUUAGACUGAUGAAGCUGAAAGCUUUCAAAUCGAGCAGGUUUGGAAUGGCGCCACCAUGGCCAAAUGUUUUUGUUCGAUCCUUGAGGUGGUCUUCAAACAUUUCGUGCAGAGUAAGACGGCACUCUGGGAGACUACCACCACACACGAUACCAGACCCUUUAAAGGCACAAGGAAAAACUUGUGAGUCCUGUAAAACGGCACGUACUCCAUUGUGGCGGGAUGCAGAGGAUGGAACGCCCUUGUGCAAUGCAUGUGGUAUCAGAUACAAGAAGUACCGAAUUCGAUGUCCGUUCUGUUGGCUGAUCCCACGGAAAGAUAGCAAGACAUUCCCAUACUGCGGCCGGUGUGGCAUGCUUCUAAAACUGGUGUAUCAGCGAAAAAUUCAGUACCUCUGAUGGGCGUUCCCUUCAAAGUGCAAUUCAUCGUUCAGUACUCUUCUGUUGUUUUAUAGGUACCAUCUAAAAUACGUUUUACAAUUCAUGUUCGAGUUUAUGUAUCAUUCUUCUAACUUUAUUAUCACUUGCAUGUUAAUGAAAGGGUGUUUUAUAAAGAAGUUAUUUUUACUUUCGGGGUAAGUUUAAUGGAUUAAUCAUGAUUUUUACCGGCAUCUAAAGAAAGCUUGCAUCUGAUUGGCUGUUUGGCUCAGAUCACAUGUCACUAAAUAAAUACUGUAGGACACUUUGUAAAUCGCUUUUCCUGAUUUUCAUUUGUAUAGGAUAUUGAAGCCUAUCUUAAUUUUCUAUUUCCUCUAAGUUUCAUGUCACUAUUCCAAUGCGUUACAAUUAAACAAACAUGCAAGCCUGAAAACGCUUAUGAUAAUUAUAUACGAUAUCACUAGAUAAUAUUUGUGAAUGUACAGGCCGGGAAAUUCAUCUUGAACGUAUGGCUUUUCUGACGUUACGAUUUUCGAAGUUGUUUUAGAUUAGGUUACUUUUAAUCGUUUUAAAGUCAUAACAUUUAUUUUUUAACCGUCUGAGAAAAGCCAUUGAUAACCAUUUGCGCAUCAUAAAUAACGCGAAUUGAAUUUUAUUUUCAGAAGCGCACAAAAUUGUAUCCUCUUUAAAAGAAAACCCAUAUUACCACUCAUUUUAUAAUCAUUAGUCUUGCCACUAGAUUUGGAAUGAAAAGAGAAUGAAGCCGAUGUGUGGUUCAGUAUAAUUAUGUGAACAGCGUAAAUAAUUGGCUCUCUGAUAAACUUUAAAUGAAUUUAAAGUAUACACCCAUGAAUGCUCACUUUUAUUGUGUUUCUUAUUCCGCCUUUUAUUAAAUUCCGCCUUUUAUUAAAUUCCGCCUUUUUUAAAUUCCGCCUUUUUUAAAAUUCCGCGGAGACCAAAGUCACUGUUAACCCUCACAACAGAUUUACUGGAAAAAGACCAAAUUCAAACAAGUCUUAUAGGUCUAUCGGAUAAAAAAAUAAUAGCAUAUUGCAUUUUCCCUAGUUUCACAUUAUCCUAUACAAUCACAGGAUCAUAAAUAAGAGAGCUGAAAAUAAUUACAUGUCACCGAAGUUUCAAAUUAUGAUUACUAUUUUUCUUCAAUCAUAUAAAAUGGGUUUUGAUUUUUCUUUAAUAUCGUGGAAUCGUCAUUUUGCAAUUUACGAUGCUCCAAUUAAAAAUGUUCUCAUUCUCAAAUCUACAAAAAUUGAAUAUUUUUUUAGAAUACAAAACAAAUAAUUAUUUGUGACACGAUAAGCGCGCUCGUUUGAAUAAUAACACUUGUUGCUGUCUUAAAUCAUAAAUAGAUAAGAUAAGAGAUCGUAAAUUUUAUGACCUCCCUCUGAUUUUGCUGAAAUGUUCUGGAUUAUGCCGUUUUGGAUUGCCAGUUUGGGCAGAUUUGGUACAAGUCUAUAUACUUCAUGCAAAGUAGACACACGGACUAUACACAGACAUAGAAGUAAUAUAUUCCUGUUAAUAAAUUACCUUUUCAUACAUUACCAGUUUCUGUAUCUGUCGAGAAUUAGUAAAGCACUUAAAACACCAAUGUUUAAAACGUUCAUCUAUUUAAUUUCACAAUGUACUGGUCCAGUGAUAUAGCAUCAUAGUACCUUGUAAGCAAACAGUUGUGUAUAUGUUAUGUUUUCCUAUACUAUACAAUGUAUUGUAUGAUAGUACGAAUAAAGAAAUCUGCAUGAGUACUGAA